UUGGAGCCACAGUUCUUCUUACUUUUUAAUUUCUCCUUUAUUAUUUAAGACUUUUUCUACGAAUUAUACACGUGUAGUAAAUUGAUCGAUACGUAAUUUUCGAAGUAGAGUAUGCGUUGUGUCACAUAUAUAUAUAUACACAUAAGAUAAGAUAAUGUGUAUUCGUCAGAUUGGUCGUGGUCGUGGAAAGGUUAAUGCAGAAUUCGAGGUGGAAUAAGGUUUCUACAUUGAGAUUAUUAUUUAUAAGAAUGAAAUCGUGAUUUAGAAAGAGUCUACAUUAAGUAGAAUUAAAAUAAUUGUAUUUAUAAUAGUUUAUUUAAUACAUCGGAGUGAACGAUUGUAAAUAAAUUAGCAAGAUGACAUCGAUGUUCGAUCAGUACGAACAAGCAUCGCAAAGAUCGAAACAAGUAUAUGCACCACCGAUUCGCCCUGAUAUAAGUACAGCUGGAUUUAUCCAAAUGAAAUUCCAAGACGAUGGACCAAUUUUUAUAAAGCAAAAAGUGAACUUUUUACCAAGUGACAAAAUUGUGCAGCUCGUUGUAAACAACAAUAUCAUUGUCAUCGCUAUGGCUAAUAAUAUUCUCUUACGCAUUGAUAUGAAACAUCCAGAUGCACCUGAGGAAAUUGAUAUAUCUAAAUAUGCAGUGAAUAUGAAAAUAUCAGGGAUGUUCCUCGAUCCCUUAGGCAAUCACUUGUUAAUAGCAUUGAUUCCAAAAUUUGCACAUCUAGAAAACAUUCCUCCUGAGUUAUUCUAUUUACACAGGAAAACGACAAAGUUAAAACAGGCAAGUAAAUUCAAAGGACAUCAAAUUACUGCUGUUGGGUGGAACUUCUCCAAUACCUCUGAGACUAUGACUGGUCCAAUUCUAAUAGGUACCUCGAGGGGCCUAAUUUUUGAAACCGAGAUUGGUUUAGACGGCGAUAAAAUAUUUAAUACAAGCUUGGAACAGUAUUGGCGUCAGCUUCCUAACUAUUUACCUCUUUAUGGUACUAAAGAGGUAGAAGGAUUGGUAUUUGACAUAGGGAAGAACAGCAAACCGCCCAUCACAGGUUUGGAAUUCCAUAAAAUACCGAAUUCUGACAAGUACGUGAUUGUCGUUACAACUUUAAUGCGAAUUUACCAAUACAUCGGAGCAGUACCAAAUUCAGAAGAGAAACCUUUGUUGCAACAAGUUUUUAACAAGUAUCUAAAUGUACAGGAAACAUUUAUCGAGGUAAUAAGUCAGUUGCCUUAUUCGAAGAUGCAGUUUUAUUACCCUGCAGUCGGUGCUCUACCAAAGUCUUUCGGUUGGCUCACGGAAACUGGCAUAUUAUACGCUCAGAUCGAUCCAAAAGUAAAUUCGAACAACAUACUAAUGAAUCAGCAAAUGUUGAAUUGCCCUGAAACGAGUUUAAUGGGCAGCAACAUCUCACAAACGACUACUGCACCACUGUCUUUCGUUUUGACAGAAUUCCAUGCACUGUUACUAUACUCAGACCGCGUAAAAGGUGUAUCGCUCUUAAAUCAGGAAUUGAUAUUCGAAGAUAUCUACAACGAUGCUGUUGGAAGUUUAAUUUAUAUCACUAAAGACUACGUGACGCGAUCCAUAUGGGCUUAUAGCGAAAGGGCAGUGUUUAAAUACAGAGUCAAUAAAGAAGAUAGGAACGUUUGGCAGGUUUACGUUGACAAAGGCGAAUUUGAACUCGCGAAACAAUAUUGUAGAGACAAUCCAGCACAUGUAGAUCAUGUGCUUGUGAAGCAAGCAGAAAUGCUUUUUAAAAAUAAGGAGUACGAGAAGAGUGCUCUCACCUAUGCAGACACUCAUUCGUCGUUCGAAGAGAUUUCUCUGAAAUUUCUCCAAGAGUGGCAAAUAGAGGCUUUAAAGACGUUCCUUAAAAAGAAACUUGAAGGAUUAAAAAUGCAAGAUAAGACGCAAAUAACCAUGAUCGUUGUAUGGGUGAUCGAAUUGUUCAUGAAUCAGAUGGGUGUAUUACGGAGUAAUAACAAAUCAUACUUGCACGAUUCGCAAUAUUUAGAGCUACAGAAACAAUUCGACAGUUUCCUCGCGAUACCAAAAGUUGAGGAGUGCAUCAAAAGAAAUCGUAGCACAAUAUACGAUUUGAUGGCAAGCCACGGCGAUAAAGAUAAUCUUAUUCGCCUGACUAUAAUGCAUUGCAAUUACGAAGAAGUGAUACGUCAACAUUUGUACAAAAAUAAUCAUUUGGAAGCUCUCGAAGUUCUGAAAAGCCAAAACAAUAAAGAGUUGUUUUAUCAGUUCGCCGGUAUUCUCUUGCAAGAGUUACCGAGGCCCGCGGUGACCGCUCUGAUCUCGCAAGGUUCGAUGUUGCAGCCGUCGAAGCUUCUUCCAGCUUUGGUCUCUUGCAAUAGCGACGAAAAACAUGCGAAAGAGAUAAUCAGGUAUUUAGAAUUUUGCGUUUAUAAGCAAAGCUGCCAGGAACAAGCGAUCCAUAAUUUUCUAUUAUCGCUCUACGCUCGUUACAAGCAAGAUGAAGUGAUGCGUUACAUCAGUUCUCAAGGGCAAGAUAUAAAUAUGGUUCAUUACGACGUAUAUUACGCUUUGCGAUUGUGCCAAGAAGUCAAAUUAACAGAAGCGUGUGUGCAAUUGUCCGCAUUACUUGGCCUGUGGACGACAGCAGUUGAUCUGGCUUUAACAAUUAGCGUUGAUCUCGCUAAACAAAUAGCUGCUAUGCCUUCCGAUCACGAUGACGAAUUAAGGAAGAAGUUAUGGCUUAAAAUUGCUGAACAUGUGGUUCGCGAAAAGGACGACAUACAGCAAGCAAUGGAAUUUUUAAAAGAUUGCGACAGAGUCAAAAUAGAAGACAUACUACCGUUCUUCUCAGACUUCGUCACUAUCGAUCAUUUUAAAGAAGCCAUUUGCAAGUCAUUACAGGAAUACAAUCAAAAUAUUCAAGAUCUGAAGAAUGAAAUGCAAGAGGCGACGAAAGCUGCUGAACUCGUUAGAAAGGAUAUACAAGAGUUCAGAACUAGGUGUACAUUUAUACACGCGAAAGAUACGUGUAAUACCUGUGACGUGCAAUUACUAUUACGACCGUUUUACGUGUUCCCCUGUGGACACAGAUUUCACAGCGACUGUCUCGUCGCUGCAUUGACACCUAUGCUGUCAAUGGACCAAAGAACAAAAUUGGCUGAUCUUCAGCGUCAACUCACGGCCCUCUCGAACAGAUCCGAAGAUACUACGUCGGUCGGGUCUGUGUCUUUGUCUACGAAGGAUCAAAUCAAAGCUGACAUCGAUGAAUUAAUAGCGUCUGAGUGUUUAUAUUGUGGGGAACUUAUGAUAGAGUCUAUAGGUAAGCCGUUUAUAGAAGAGGAAGAUUAUGAAAGAGUAAUGAAAGAAUGGGCGUGAGUAACGAACAACAACUUUUUCUAAGUAUUCCAAAUCAUGUACAUUUAAUUUGUAUAUUUAUUAUUUUUUACGUGUAUCAUAUAAUAAUGUGUAACAUUAAGAAAAAGCCUCGUGUUACACCAGGACGACAUCAAUUGUACAGAUCAUGAUUAUUUCGACCGCGUAAUUAAGUACGUGCAUACAGAAAUAGAUUUAAACGAUGUGUUACAUCAUAUUAAAAGAGUAUUUAUCAAAUAAAUUCUUGUAUCAAUAAUAA